AUGCUUUCCUCUUUUCUCCAGCCUGCCGUGGCUGGCAACGCUCGUCACGCGACGAGCGUUGCCAAACGCGUUUUUGUCCCGACGGUGGCCCGUCUUCUUGACUCCGCUCCUCUCUCGCGCGGCGCUGUCCUCGGAUGCCAGCGAGCAUGGCAUGCGACUCAUCGACGGGAGCCGCCCAAGGCCACCAGCCUGGCACUCACCACUCCGAAGGUGCAGGCCCUGCAACUUGUCCGUCACGCCUCGGUCUUGUCAACAAUCCCGUCCCAGUUGCCCCAGGGCGGCCUCGCAGCUUACUCCACCGAAUCGACGACGGUGACAACGCCUUAUGCCAAGCUUUGCGUUGGAGUGCCUCGGGAGACGUACCCAGAUGAACGCCGCGUCGCACUAACGCCCCAGAAUGUCGCCCUGCUCCUCAAGAAAGGGUUUGCCAAAGUGUUGGUCGAGAAAGGCGCCGGCGCUGAGGCUGACUUUCUCGAUAAUGCCUACGCAACUGCGGGAGCUACCCUCGUCGAUGAUGCUUCUACCGUCUGGAACGACGCGGACAUCGUCCUGAAGGUCCGGGGGCCCAGCGCCGCCGAGGCUGGUAGCGCUAAGGAGGGGCAGACUAUUAUCAGCUUCCUCCAGCCGAUGCAGAACAAACAGCUGGUAGAGAAGCUUGCCGCCCGGAAGGCCACCGCGUUUGCCAUGGACCUGAUCCCUCGGAUUUCUCGCGCGCAGGUCUUUGACGCUCUCAGCAGCAUGGCCAAUAUUGCCGGGUACAAGGCUGUUCUCGAGGCGUCCAACAACUUUGGCCGCUUCUUAACUGGCCAAGUCACGGCUGCGGGCAAGAUCCCGCCGGGCAAGGUUUUGGUCAUUGGCGCUGGUGUUGCCGGACUCAGCGCAAUCGUAACAGCGAGGAGACUCGGCGCGAUCGUGCGCGGUUUCGACACCCGGUCCGCUGCCCGCGAACAGGUCCAAUCUCUCGGUGCCGAGUUCAUCGAGGUCGAGCUACACGAGGAGGGAUCAGGCACAGGUGGCUACGCCAAGGAAAUGUCCAAGGAGUUCAUCGAGGCUGAGAUGAAGCUCUUUACCGAACAAGCGAGGGAGGUGGACAUCAUCAUCACCACUGCCUUGAUUCCUGGCAAACCGGCCCCGAAGCUGAUCACCAAGUCCAUGAUCGAGAUCAUGAAGCCCGGGUCUGUCAUUGUUGAUCUGGCGGCCGAGGCUGGCGGAAACUGUGAAAAGACCGAGCCCGGCAAGCUUAUCACCUACAAGGACGUCAAAAUCAUCGUUCCAGGCUACACUGAUCUCCCCUCGAGGCUUCCCACGCAAUCAUCGACCCUGUACUCGAACAACAUCACCAAGUUCCUCCUAUCCAUGGCUCCCAAGGAUAAAGAAUACGGUGUUGACCUAGGCGACGAAGUCGUUCGAGGCGCGAUCGUGACGCAAAAGGGCGAGAUCCUCCCACCUGCACCUCGCCCCGCCCCGCCGCCCGCUCCCGCCCCGACCCCAACCGCGGCGAAGGAAGCCGAAGUCGUCGCCCUGACGCCGUGGCAGAAGGCCUCCCGCGAGGUCUCGCUGAUCACCGGCGGCAUGGGCUCAGCUCUCGCCCUGGGCAAGCUCACCGGGCCCCUGUUCAUGGGCAACGCCUUCACUUUCGCCCUCGCCUCGCUUAUCGGUUACCGCGUCGUGUGGGGCGUCAGCCCGGCUCUGCAUUCGCCCCUGAUGAGUGUCACGAACGCCAUAUCUGGAAUGGUUGGCGUUGGUGGUUUGUUCAUCUUGGGCGGCGGCUACCUCCCGGAGACCAUCCCCCAGAUGUUUGGUUCCGCUUCGGUUCUUCUGGCCUUUGUCAACGUUGCCGGCGGCUUCGUCAUCACCAAGCGUAUGUUGGAUAUGUUCCGGCGCCCGACUGACCCCCCAGAGUACCCGUGGCUGUAUGCCAUUCCCGGUGUUCUCUUCGGUGGUGGCUUUUUGGCGGCUGCCUCGACUGGAGCUGCUGGCCUUGUUCAAGCGGGCUACCUCGUGAGCUCCGUGCUCUGCAUCACUUCGAUCUCCAGCCUAGCCUCCCAGGCGACUGCACGAAUGGGCAACAUGUUGGGCAUGCUCGGCGUGGGAUCCGGUGUCCUUGCCUCGUUACUGGCGGUCGGGUUCUCCCCCGAGGUCUUGACGCAGUUCGGAGGGCUCGCGGCCAUUGGCAGCAUCUUGGGUUUCUUGAUUGGAAAGCGCAUCACUCCCACCGAUCUUCCCCAGACUGUCGCGGCUCUCCACUCCGUCGUUGGUCUGGCCGCCGUCUUGACUAGUAUCGGCAGCGUCAUGGCUGAUCUGGCUCAUGUUUCGACGCUGCACUUGGUCACGGCGUACCUUGGUGUUCUUAUCGGCGGCAUCACAUUCACUGGCUCUAUCGUCGCCUUCCUCAAGCUCGCCGGCAAGAUGUCCUCAAAGCCGCUAAUGCUGCCCGGUCGGCACAUCAUCAACUCGGGCCUCCUCGUUACCAACGCCGCCACGAUGGGUGCGUUCGUGACCAUGGCCCCUGGCGCCCCUAUGAUCGCCGCCGGCGCUCUCGCCGCCAACACCGUCAUGUCCUUCCUCAAGGGUUACACCACCACGGCCGCCAUCGGUGGCGCCGACAUGCCCGUCGUCAUCACCGUGCUCAACGCCUACAGCGGCUUCGCGCUCGUAGCAGAAGGACUGAUGCUGGACAACUCGCUCCUCACCACCGUGGGCGCGCUGAUCGGCGUAUCGGGCUCGAUCCUAUCGUACAUCAUGUGCGUGGCGAUGAACCGGUCGCUGGUCAACGUGCUGUUCGGCGGCAUCGCCGCCCCAACAACGAGCGACUACAAGGUGGAGGGCAGCGUGACGCAGACCAGCGUCGAUGACACGGCCGAGGCGCUGACCAACGCCGAGUCGGUCAUCAUCGUGGUCGGGUACGGCAUGGCCGUCGCCAAGGCCCAGUACGCCAUCUCCGACAUCACCCAGAUGCUGCGCGCCAAGGGCGUCCGCGUCCGCUUCGCCAUCCACCCCGUCGCCGGCCGCAUGCCGGGGCAGUGCAACGUGCUGCUGGCCGAGGCUAGCGUGCCGUAUGAUAUCGUGCUAGAGAUGGAUGAGAUCAAUGAUGACUUUGGCGAGACGGAUGUGACGUUGGUGAUUGGUGCCAAUGAUACCGUUAACCCCAUCGCGCUGGAGCCUGGGAGCCCGAUUGCCGGCAUGCCGGUGCUGCACGCCUGGAAGAGCAAGCAGGUCGUGGUGAUGAAGCGGGGGAUGGCCAGCGGUUACGGUAAGGAGACACCAGAAUGUUGCCGCGGAGAGAGUGCGUUGCUAAUCUGUCGGUAG